CACUUCACCUGGACGCUCCACGGUGGACACAGGCAAAUGAAAUACGAUGAGGAUUUUAUUUUUCUGGGCGAACAGAGCUUAUCUCAGACCAGAUAGUUUGAAAAGAAAACCAGUUUCAGCUUCAAGAACAAACAGAUUUGUUUUAAGGCGGAACCAUCCUGCUGUGUGGUGAUCUUCCUAGAGUUACCUAAGACACUGAACAAUCCUUCAAGCAGCUGACUUCAUUCACAGCCUUGUACCUGCUCCAGCUGCUCACAUGGCCCACCCUUAUGAACCCUGGUUACGGACAGCACCACCUAGUGGCAGCUCAGAAGACAUGAACAUCCCCUCCUGGUGGGACCUUCACCGAGAUGUGCAGUCAGGGAGCUGGAUAGACUUGCAGACAGGGCAAGGUGUUGGUUUACCUUCAGUGAGUCCAGGAAGUUCCAUGGGGCUGCAGUCUUCUUUAGGGCCGUAUGGCUCCGACCCACAACUGUGCACCCUGCCGCCAGCACAGCAUGCUUCGGCUCAUUCGUCCCAUCUCUUCCCCCAGGAUGGCUUCAAAAUGGAGCCACUGGCCCCUGAAAUGUUACAGCAGGAAACAUUCUCUUUGGAGGAACCUCAAGACACCUCUGUUACAGCUCGGCCAAAACCCCAGCGCCGCUCCUCCUCCCGAGGUGCCGGCCAGGCCGUGUGCCGAUGCCCUAACUGCAUCCAUGCUGAACAGAUGGGCCAGAGUGCUGAUGACAGAAGGAAGCACAUGCACAACUGCCACAUCCCUGGCUGUGGCAAAGCCUACGCCAAGACCUCCCACCUGAAGGCUCACCUGCGCUGGCAUAGCGGGGACCGCCCGUUUGUCUGCAACUGGCUCUUCUGUGGCAAGAGAUUCACACGCUCUGAUGAACUCCAGCGCCACCUACAGACACACACUGGUGCUAAGAAGUUUAGCUGCGCAUUAUGCCCCCGAGUGUUUAUGCGCAAUGACCACCUGGCAAAGCACAUGCGUACACAUGAGUCCCCACCAGGACACGGGGAGGAGAGGAUAAACGGAGACGGGAGGAUGGAAAAAGGCUUUGAUGCACCCACACCUUCACAGUCUUCAUCAAACGUGUCUGCGUCUGACAGCACAGAGCCCCCACUGAAGCUGAAAUGUGAGACUGACCCAUCAGUCUCCAGCGUGACGGGGCAGUCUGGAUAAUCUCUUCACUUUAAAUUUGAAAGAUUUUACCAUCUGCUCCCCUCUUUGUCACAGAGGUGUUAUAGUUUUACAAACAGAAUAGAGAGAGUAGAAAAUCUGGAUUGAAAAAAAAUUAUCAACUGUGGGCCUGUGAAUUUAUCAACUGAGGGCACUCAGUAAUAACUGUGAUGUUACAGCACCCAGAAAAACAGGAGUUUUAUCUGCUUGUAAAACUCGGUAGUUAGAAGGGAAAAGUCGCAAAGGAGGCAGCAGAGUUGAAGCUGCAGGACUUGAACCACUGCUAGAGCUCCACCCAGCAGACCAAAAGACUGGGAUGAGUCCAGCAGAAGAUGGCUUUGUUUACAAGAAAACAAUCCAAACUGGAAGAGAAGAACAGGCUGAUUUACCAGUUUUAGAAAAGAAGACAAUGGUGGUAUUUUCUUCAUAUUUACUACAGUUGUCACUACAUGCAUGUAGCCUAUUGUACUUAGAGAUAAUGCAGCAUUUUAUUACUUAAAAUGGUCAACGACCAUUAGGAUGCAGUUGUGCUUAUGCAAUUUAAAGUACUGUGCAAAAGUGCUCAUCUAGCCCUCAUUUCUUUUUAUUUGACAUCUUAGCAGGUAGGCUUUGCUGUAAACUUAAGGUGGUCUUGAGCAGUAGUUUCCCAGACUUUUUGAAGGUAUUUCACAGUUUUUCUUUGGAAAUUUUCUGCAUUUCUGUCAUUUUUAGACCAGUCCUUGUACCUGAACAUUUUCAGAAGAAUUUUUGUCUGUUAAGCCAACCUAAUACUGUCCUAUGAAUCAUUCAAACAUAAAAAGGCUCUUAACUUAACCGAUAAACCACUGCUGUGUUGACACAUGACACAAUUUUAAAUUUGAUCUUUAAGACAGUUUGUUAUCAACAGCCUGACAGAGGCACAUCAUUUGUUACCAUUUGUUACCAUAAUUUCAUAUCUAUGAAAAUAAUACCAAAGAAACAACAAGGUGAUUCCUAAAGAGAUAUUAGCUGAAAACGUGGCAUAUCUUAGCAUGGUGUGUCUUUAAAACAUUUGAGGAAACUUUGAGGACUAACUAACUAUCCACAGCAGAUGAACAGGAUCUGAAAGUAAUGUCCUGAAUAAAUGUGAACAAAUCCAGCAAACGUCUGACACAGGCCCUUAGAGAUGCAUCUGGAUUAUCAUUUGAUCCAUGUUGGCUGAUGCCUCAUCAGAAAUGGCCUCCGUGGGAAGGUGGUUGUCAAGAAGCCCAUCUUAAGGAAGGGAAACAGGGAGAAAAGACUGAGGUAUGCCACAUGACACAAGACCUGGACUGAUAAUCAGUGACAACAGGUCUGAUGGAGGAAUGAAUCCUUCCCAGAGCCCAGACUGCAACAUCUCAACAUUACUGAAACAGUGUGGGAUCAUCUUGAUGGAGAACAGAACAAAAGACAAAAACAUCCAAAGAAGAGCUUUGGAAAGUCCAUCAAAAAGUCUGGAGAAAUAUUCCUGAAGACUACUUAAAGACAUUACUAGAAAGCUUAUCUAAGAGGGUGCAACCUGUGUUGAAGAAUAAAGCUGCUCAAACCAAAUAUUGACAAGCUCCUGAGAAUUCUGCAAACUGUUUUUGCCCUAAAUAAUGUUUUUUUUUCAAUAGUUUUUUGCAUGUUUUAAUAAACCACUGCUUGUGUUUCCUAUUGUACUACAUAGAUAAACGAAAUGAGGAGUUGUUCAAGACU